UUUCCGACAAAACAGUAGUUUCUCGCCCUCGUUGACCCCCCUCUUUAUACGCCACUGGCCAAGACCGAGGUGCUGUAAAGUGUAAGAUUGGUGGAGUAUUGUAGAAAUUAGUUAUUAAGAUUAUUUUUUAUGAUAGGGUAAGUCGUAUCCUAAUUUUAACAAAAGAUUCAACGCCAAAUUUAAUCACAUUUUGUAUUUUGCAAUAAGUGGCCGUUGCUAAACGUUGUUCUCAGGGCUGCCACUCAUCAAACAAAAGGUUUUACUUAUGCUACACAAGGCACUAUGAAUCUCGGUCUUUGUAAGAGACCAUGAAUCUAUAAACCAUUUAAAUGUGCUAAUUCCAUCUCCCCUUUUUCCUUUGACCUUGUUUCACUUACCAUUUGAUCAUUAGCCCCUUUUACACUCUGAGAGUUAUUUCCAAAAUGCAGCUUUUACAGACAUUUAAUCAGUUUUAAGUGGCCCCCCUGUGUUAAUCCUGCCCAUGGCCUUGCAGCAUACUGGUGGCAGCUGCAGUGUCCAAAUGUCAACUUAGUAUGGUGUCCUAUUUAAAACGUUUUCGGCCUUUGCUCUGCCAGACAAUGUACUUAAAGAAAUACAGAGAUACAAAAGAUCGCACAUUUCGAGGCGAAUAAUGAAUAAAGGCAACGAGUAAAUAUUGGAUUAAAUCGGAAAAGCCUGCACAGUAGAGAACAUCUCUAUGAAGAAUCUCACCGAAGGAGUAGAUCGUAGGCUAAUCUCCGGACCAAAAUUCCAGGAACUAAUAGAAAUGCAGAUGAAGCCAGGACCACAAGAAAGUAGCUAUUCGAUCGAAUGUGAUCAUUUCUUAAUGGUGUUAAAGGAAUAGCUGAGAUUUGUACAAAAGUAGAGGAUUAUGCAAUAAAUGAUACUGCACUGCCUGCCGGUGAAAUUAGCAUGUGCUGAACAUUUGGAAAUUCAAGUGUAGAAAUCCAAAAAGAUAUUGAAGGAGACUUUUUUUCAAAGUAGACUCGCUUUCAGUGACGCAUCUAAAGACCUUUUGAAGUUUAAUAGAUUUCUUAUCAAACUGAAUUUGUAGACAAACCUACGCAUGUUUUAUUUGAGUACUGGUGAUAUUUGAAUGCCAGCUAUUGGGUUUUUGUGCGCACACGUACAGGAAAUUAACCACACACACAAGGAAAGAAAUUUGACAAUUCUAGAAUAGGGAACAUCACGAAAUAUUCCAGUAUUGAAAAUAUGGCCUUCUAUGUUAACAGAAUACAAUUUAACAGAAUUAAGAUCCCGGCUAAGUUGUUCCAGGAAAUAUACAGAACCCAUAAAUCAACACUCCAUCAACAAAGCUAGCUACCCUGUUACCAGCAACAGUGAUUUUAAUAGGUGCAAAAACUGCGUGAUCCGCCAAAGAGCCAGUCCGCUGAUUAGGUCCUCGAAAACAAGAAGUUGAAAACAUGGCGCAAUAACAAAUAAACUAAGUGGCUUAAACAUAGCUCAAAAGGCGUCUUAUUGCCAGUCAGGUCAAGUUUGGAGUGGAUUUUGAAGCAGCCGCGACGAUUGAUAAUGUUCGAUGAACAGGGAAUUGGUGUUGGCCUCCUGUGUCUGUUUGCACAAUCUCUGUUGUCCUAUGCCACAAACAACGGUAAAUGCAACUCGCCACUUGGAAUGGAAGACCUCUCAAUAAAGGACAGCCAGGUCACUGCGAAAUCGUGGCUUUAUUUUAAAAGAAGAGACAGCCGGCACUAUAGGCCAUACUUUGCAAGAAUCAAUCACGAAAAGUUAAGUGGCGGGUGGUGUUCUGCUGAUUUGAAGAAAUAUCCGGAGCCGUAUGUGGAAGUUGAUUUAAUGGGAAACACCAGAGUAACUGGGAUUGCGACACAAGGGAGGCACAAUGGACAAGAAUGGGUGGAGUUUUUUAAAAUAGAGUACAAAAGAAAUAAUGAGACAAGUUACAGGAAGUAUAAAGAACAAGGAACAUGGAAGGUUUUCAAAGGGAACAUUGACACCAACUCCACAGUGAAACAUAUUUUCAGCCGACCAAUAAUUUUGCAGCAGAUAAGAAUUAUUCCCAUUGGGAGUCGAUUUACCAUACAUUGUAUGAGGUUAGAAUUGUAUGGGUGUGCAUGGACCCAAGAGAGAGAUGGACUCGUGUCAUACUCAGGACCCUUGGGUGAAAUUCGCAAGGGCAUAUCGCUACAAGAUGAUACUUAUGAUGGAUAUACACCUUUAGAAACAUCUGGCAUGCUUUUUGGAGGCAUCGGCAAACUGACUGAUGGGGUUGUCCCAGCAAAGGGUCCUGCUUAUGAGUCAAGAACAAAUUUAUACACUGAAUGGGUUGGGUACAAAUCGAACCCAAUCGUAUUGUUUACUUUCAACAACAGUAGGAAAUUCAACUCGAUAUCAUUCCACGUGCUGAACAAAAACAACUUUAAACUGUUCGAGAAAGUUAGCGUGGAAGUGAGUGGAGAUAGUGUUGAAUUUAUCAGCACAGGGAACUUUUACCCAACUGCACAAGGAAAGAACGAGCAAGGAAUUCUCCAGAUAAAGGUUUCACUAAACGGCAAUAUAGGAAGAUUUUUAAAAUGCUCUUUUUAUCUUCGUCGCUCGUGGCUACUUAUUGGCGAGAUUGAAUUUGACUCAGAACCUAUACUUGCCGAAAAGAAGGAACAAAUAAUCCCCCAGGUGGAGAUUCUAAAGACUCCCGACGUUGCUGAUAAAAGCAACGACAAGGAUAAUGGAAUCCCUGAAGACUUCGGAUCUUAUGAAGAGUCAUUUGAGAAUAGUAGUUCCAGUAGAAAUAAAAAUGAUGGCCUAAGUUUUCCAAUAAUACUCACAAUCGUGUUGGUUGGCAUUGUCAUUGUCAUUGCAUUGUUAGUUGUGAUCUUCAGAUUUGUCCGUUCUUCGCGAAAGUCAAAGAGAAAACAGCGAGAAACGACCAGCCUAGCAAAAGACAGUAGAUCUCGUGACGAACUAAAGGAAGAGCGGGUAUCUCUGAAUGGCGAAACUCUCUAGUCUGCAAUACUGUAGGAUGUUUGAACAACUACGCGUGUUGGUCUAAAGUUGCUACAAAGGCUCCGCAAGUUUGAGGCAUUAACUGGCAUCGACUUGCAAUGACGCAGCUGGCAGCUGCCUAAAUCUCAUGUCGUUGGCCAGUGCAGUCCAAACAUGAUGAGCAGAGGACAUGAACAUUAGAGGAAGAACAAGGUUCUCCAUUAAAAAAUUAAUUGCUGAUUGAUGAAUUUAGUUAAAGAAGGUUGUUGAAUCUCGAUAAAGGAUGCUGACUCUGGUGAUAGAAACGAAUUCGGAAUAAUAUAACAUGCAAAGCUUCCUCAUACCCCAUAAUUUGGCUCGCCUUUCAUGUUUAUUCAUUGCCCCUAAUCUCACGGUAUAAUGCAGACUUACAGGUAAAUAUCAGUAGGGAUAGUCACUCGCAACAAGAUUGUGAGGGGGGUGGGGAGGACACAGAAACGUUCAACCACACACUUUCUGCUGUGAAAAAACGCUCUUUUACCAACAAGGAAAGCCAAUUUUGCCAAUAGGAAUCGCCUAUGACUAACUUUUGCUUCAGUAUAAGUGGUUUCGAUAUCAUAAAAUCACAUCGCAAAGAAUACGUUGCCAAAAUAAUACCCCUCCUACAACACAUUUUUAUCACAUUUUGACAAAAUGCAAGAUCUAUCAUGCCGAAAUCUGGGGGAAAGUGUCACAAGUCCUCCCUUCCCAUUGUGCCGCCAGUACGAAUGGUGCUUCUCUUUGAACCUAAUAUCUUGACGCCGUUGGUUCAAAAGCUCUGUUAUGUAAUACUUUAAGAUCUUUCCAGAUGGUGAUAUGCAUUUAGCUACAGGAGAAAAUGAUAUUAAUAACUUAACAAGAAAUCCUCAUUUAAGAAAGGAGCAACCAAAUAGGCAAAAUCUAAAUCGGUACCACAUUAAACACUUGGAAAUAAAAAUCAUCAUACCAAGUCAUUUUCAUCCGAUGCUGUGUGUUUAUAAAUUCAUGUGCUAAACAUGUUUAGGCCAAAGUUGACUUUGAAAUUCUUAACGUUUGUUUAAAUGUAUAUAGCAAAUGACAGUUAAUGUAUUGAAAGAAAAUUUGUCCAAAUUAUAAUGUAAAUUGUGAAUAGUAUAAAGACAGUUUAUUUUUUUCCGCCAUAUCUUGGUGCAUCAUAAAAUGAUCGUGGGGUAUGAAAUGGUACUGGACAAUGGUACAGAAAGACCGGCAUUCUCGAGUUCCAGUUCAUCACUAUUUCUGAAGCACUUUUGCACGAUUUCCAUCCGUUCGUCUAUUUGUAGUAAAAUGCUAUACCGAUAGCUAAAGCAGGACAAGGAGUGUGGGCGAUACCCUCCUAUCAAUAGCAUUUGAUACAAAACCUAUCAAAAGGAUACAAUAUCGUCGACAAUACUAACAUCAGGUGCCCUUUUUGUUGUGAAAAACUUGCAGAAAAUCCAAAUAUUAUUUUGUGGGUUUGAUAGCUAUAGACAUAAAUAAAACUAAUAACUAGGCAUGAUGGUUUGUUUACUGAAUUCAGGAGGUUUAAAGAGCUGACUUUGUGCAGACAGGCAGUUGCUUUUUCGCCCUUCAUUAUAAUCUACUCCUUGCUUCUUUGUGCCAAAAUUCUAACUGGCUGGGUGCCUUUUCCUUCCUUGCCCCCACCUAACUGUCGUAACUGGCCAACAGUACAGGAAUCAAGCAGCUCCCUUCUGGGCUCUUUUUUAAAUGUGGGUUGUAAGAAAAUUAGAUUUUAUCAAAUUUGAAUUUAAUCUUACACUUUUACACAUAUUGGAGGUUAAAAGCCAAUAUAUGAAAAUACCUUAAGCCAUAUGUCAAUAAAUAUUGGCCAAUCAAUGUGCGUAUGUGGAGAAUCUCACUUACUGAUUGGUCAAUCUUUUGACUGAAAGAUGGCGUAAGCCCCUAUAUUAUCUGUCGAUUGCCUUUAAUAGAUCCAGUGGUCUGAGCGUCGCAAAGAAAUGGCAUCUACUCAGGUGGUACUCAGUAAAAGAAAUUUCGUGUCCCAAAUAGUACCCUUAUUAUGACGGUCAUUUAUGACUAAUUUAGUACCUCAAUAACAAUGGCCAUUUCUACUGAUGAUUAUAUACCGACACUUCAAUAAUUUCAUGUAUAGUAGAGACACCUUGAGUUUAUUUUAAAUAGUCAUUGAACAAAUGACCAAAUUGCCAGUGGGCAUGAUGAGGUGAAACAAGUGGUGGCUUUCGAGGGACAAACAAGUUUUUGGAUUCAGAAAAUACAGACCA